UAAAUGACAUGGCCAUAUAUAGCACAAACUUAGUUGUAAAUAGUUAAGAGGGAUGGUGGACGUUGUUUAACAUGGUGACAAAGUUUGUAACAGGUAUCGCCUUUUUGUUUACAGAUUUUACUUAAAAACAAUCCAUCAUGGAACUGAAAACGCGCAUUUCAUUGAUAUUCUAUAUUAUUUUAUAUAUCCAGACAUCUUUUGUUGUUUCAAUAAGUCGAACUGUUUCAACAUCCCUUGGUAACAUAAGAGGAAGACUAGCUACCCAUGACGAGAAAGAUGUUUACCAAUUCCUGGGAAUUCCGUAUGCUGAGUCACCAACGGGGAAUCUUCGUUUUAAGAAGCCAGUAGCUAAAAUUCCCUGGCAAAGAGAGUUUGAUGCUACGCAGUAUGGUCCUUCAUGUCCGCAGAUAUUUCCGUACAAUGCUUUCGCGAAAUUACCCAACCAAAUUAUUGACGAGGACUGCCUUUUGCUUAACAUCUAUGUACCUGCAACAACAACUUUAAAUGAUGCCAAAGCAGUUAUGGUUUUUGUUCAUGGGGGUGGAUUUAAUAGUGGACAGGGUAUGUCUCGGGAUGGUUCCUUGUUGGCAAUUGCUGAAGAUGUGAUUGUGGUUACUAUCAACUAUCGUUUAGAUUUAUUAGGGUUUCUCUACACUGGGGACGGAGCUUUUACUGGUAAUUACGGUAUGUGGGAUCAGGUCAAAGCACUAGAGUGGAUACAGAAGCAUAUCUCAUCUUUUGAAGGCGAUCCAAAUAAAGUAACAUUAUUCGGAGUUUCUGCUGGUGCUUUUAGUAUUGGGCUUCAUUUAGUGUCGACCCACAGUAAAGGCCUAUUUCAAAGAGCUAUAUUACAAAGUGGUUCACCAGUAACACAUCUUGCCUUGGCUUUUGAUCCUAUAAGAAUAGCAAGGAAUGUGAGCAUUACAUUGGGGUGCACUAAUGACAAUGAUCCUGGUUUUGAUACCAACAAAUUCAUGCAGUGCUUACAAAAUAAGAAUGCAACGGAAAUAGUUAAUGCAUCUGCUUUAGCCCGAACUCAUAAUCGAACAACAUAUCGUCUAGACAUAGCCCCAGUGAUUGAUGGAGACUUCAUUAAAGAGAACCCAGAGGUUAUUCUGAAGAAGGGCAAAGGCGACAUACCUUUUAAUAACUGUGAUAUUAUGACUGGUACGAAUACUGCUGAAGGGGGUAACCUGGUGUAUAUCGUGCAGGGAUUUUACGAUGUCCGAAGGUCAAUCCCCAAAACGGUUCUCUGUGGAGAUGUUGUUAAAUAUCUAGUCAAAGACUUCUACAGCAGUAAUGACACCAUUACAAAGAAAUUAUGUGAUGAAUAUUCUGGGAGUGAUCUUUCUACCGACGAGCAGUCAAGGAACGCUGUGGAUUUAAUAGGAGAUAUGAUGUUUACUGCUCCAGCUGUUCGUACACUGAAUUAUCAUGCCAAAAAUACUAUGGACAAAGCAACGUAUCAAUAUCUGUUUUCCCACCAACCAAAUGUGAAUACUAUAAAAAUGAAUUUCCCCUGGUUUCAUGGUGCUAAUCAUUUAGACGAUAUUCCAUUUGUGUUUGGUCCCAAAGUGUCUUACAUCCCUUCAACUAACGUUAAUUCAGAGGAAGAAGAUUUAUCACGAGAAAUGAUGACAUAUUGGGCAAACUUUGCUAAAUACGGAAAUCCUAAUGGAAAUGAUGACGCAGAAAUAGUUUGGCCAGAGUACACAACAUCAGAGAAAGCUUAUCUGAAUAUUAACUUAGAUUCAACUGUGGCUCGAGAAAUUCGAUCGGAAAAAAUGGAUUUCUGGAAUAAAAUGUUACCAUCUCCAACUUCAACAUUCACAAAACCAACAUCAUCCGGGAUCAGUGUAAAUAGCAAUGGACUGCUAAUAGCAAUCUUAUGUAUCUAUAUUUUUUACCAAAUCCACCGAUGAACAAUUCGAGCCAUAUUUUUUAAAAUAAUUACAUGCUUUAUAGUUUAUAGCAACAAAUCUGGUUAUCAUUGCUAACUUUUAUUUAUCCAACUGGUCAAACUCUGUUACAAUGAAGGAUAGUUCUAAUAAAACCAAGAACUAUACACCGCAUGUAUAUUACCGAACGCUAAUAAUUAAGGCUGGCCAGUGUUUAAUCAAGGUUCAAUUUAAAAUAAUGCUCACACUCUACUUUUGAACAGCGAAAAAAAAUAUCUCAAUUUUUUUUUAUUAUCGGCUGACGUGUCAUUUUAGACGGUAACCACGCCUGAAAGGCGCGUGGCCUUGUUUUUCAUGGCACACAAAUGAGAGUGUCUUACUUAUUAUCGGCUGACGUGUCAAUUUAGAUGGUAACCACGCCUGAAAGGCGCGUGGCCUCGUUUUUCAUGGUACACAAAUGAGAGUGUCUUACUAACAGAUUUUGAAUAAAUGGAGAGCGCAAAAAUAAAUUGUAUAAAAUCAUUGUGAGGUGUUCGCAGUUCCCUAAAAGCAAACGCAUUCAGCCCCAUUCUGUUUGAACAGUAGAUCUCAACCUGCUGUAACCAUCUCUGUAUAACCGGAAAAUUUCCAUUUAAAACUGAUUUUAACCGGUAAUCGAUGUUUAACUGCUGAGACAUUGUGGAAUAUGGGUUAUGUUUAUCACUCAAUAACUCAUUAUGGAAUAUGGGGUAUGUUUAUCACUCAAUAACCCAUCACUCAACAAUUCAUUAGCUACCCAUCGUUUUUUGAACAGCUAUUGUUGAAAUCAGCCUUCAGGAAUGCGGCCCGAUUAACGAUACAUUAUGGGAGAUUAGAUAAAAAGCUAAUAGUUCACACUAUAAUAGUUAAAAACUAUAUAAUGUAAAGGGAAUUUGCUGAACAUUUCAGUCAAAUUGAUCCACCCUAAACCGAGUAUUUAGCGAUUGAAUUUUAGGCCUAGCCUCGAUCAUCAUUACUAAAGUCGGUACGAUAAAAGACAUAGUGUCGACUAUCUAUUUUUGAUUUAAUCAGAAGCAACAGACCGGGUUCUAAUCCAGUAAAUAUCGCAGGCUAGCGAUGCCAUCAAGAAUUGAUUAUGGUCUGGAUAAGUUAAUUAAUGUCUAAUUAAUAAUUUCGAUAACAUUUCAGGCCUAAAGAAAGACCUGCAAUUGGCAGAUUUAGCUCUUGCAUAAUGUAUGUUUAAUUAUGGUGCAAUUCGAACACAAUUGGUCGCAGUUUGGUU